CUUUGCUUCUAGAUUCUUGGGUUUCACGAGGGGUCGAUGUUACAUCUGACCGAUCAGAUAACAAGUGUUCCAAGAAUAUCUGGAUGAUUCUAGCUUGCCUCACGUGCACCCGCCAUGUUUAGCUACUUGUUCGGUUCGUCUGCGGACGGGCCCAGCCUGCCAACGAUACGAGAAGGCCACAAGACUGUGGACGUCAUCAUUGACCAUGAACGGUUGCAGGUGGAUGUGGAUGUGCUGGCCGAAGUUUCUGGAUUGUUUCUGCAGGUCCAAAGCACUGAUGCCAAAGAAUGCCCUUUGCUGGAUUUCCCUGGAGGCUUAGAGAGGUUUAGGAGUAUUGUUUGCUAUCUGAUUGAUCGAGAUGUGCUCAAUGUGGCGGAAGAGACGGUCUUGGAUUUACUUGAGGCCACUUGGCUCUUGGAAUGCCCAUCUUUGCUCGAAGGAGUGAUGCAAUCUUCAUUUGUACUCUCAUUAUCGUCGAGACGCCGUGCGGAGAUUCUGGAACAUUUGCUGCCUUACACUGCAGCCAGCAGCCCGGCAGAUUCAGAGCAUGCGAUAGAGACAUCAGGAGUUGGAACAAGUGCACAGAAUGACCUCGGCAGCUGGAAUGAGGGCUUGAGCCAUCCUCAAGAGUCAGUGCCGGUGUCAUUUUCUUGCAAACAGUUUCUUCGAUUAUUUCACUUUGAGACCUUGAUGUGGCAAUGCACAGAGAAGGCCGCUCUGACCUUGGCAUCGCAGUUGGAUGGGGGAGAUUUCGUUCUCGGACCGCGCUUGGCCACCGGAAGCCUCCGGGUUUGCUCGGAGCUCUUGCGCCUUCGGCGACUUCGAGAAGAGGAAUCGGGCUUCGUCUCCAGUGCCAUGCAACCAGUGAGCGCUCUGUGGAAGAACUUGAUGGACAAGCCUUUGCGCGCCAAAGUUGCGUGGGAUUCGCACUUCUUCGCGCUGCGCUGUAUGCGCCGCCGCCUCGCCUCAGCUGCACCAUCGGAGGUCCUACAGAAGCAGGCUGCGAUGGCAGGAGAGUUUAAGGAGGAUGAAGAGGUGCAUGAUGAUCUGCCUGCAGAUCUGGUGGAGACUGCGCAGGACUCAACACUUCUGGUUUUCCGUGAACUCAUGGCCUAUGUGGACACUGAGCGGCUCUCACCAAAUUGGUCUGCAUUGUUGGUGCGGGUUCUUCUUUUGUUGAGCCGCUCGGGAGUCGGUGCCGGUUCUCCCGGUGAAGGUGUUAGUCGCGCGCGGGACAUCUUCAAGCGCACCUUUGCUGAAAAUGAGCUGAUGCAGAAACUUGCGUCGGACCCUGCGCCUGUGCCACCAGCCUGGUUGGUUGAUGUGGUUGCACAUCCAAGUGCUUCCAAUGCCCUUUUGCGUGUCUUGUGCCGCUACAGGCAGCUGGAAGCAGAGGAGCUUUCUGACAUUAUUGAACAUGUUUUACUUGCAGAAUUCCUGAAUUGGGAUCACUGCCAUCUCAUCCUGGCGAGUGAACUGAUGAACGAAAUCCUGGGUGCGUGCAUGGAUGCAGGGAAGAAAGCAAACUCCGGUGCACACGUCCACACCACUCAGAUGGGGCCUGAGCGAAGGUGUCCAGAUCAUUGGGCUGGACAGCACUGUUUAUGGAGGUUGGAAUAUUUGGGACGACGCCUUUUCCACGUCUCUUUUCUUUUCCAGCAAGGCUUUUUGCCACAUUCAUUCAGUUCAUCUUCGUCCUCCGGGAGUGAUUCCCGCAAACUCUUGCGCAAGAUGGCACCCGAAGACGACGUGUGCUCUCCACAGCCACAGGUUGUGGAAGUCACUGGCAGCUGCCUUUGGGACGAGGGCUUGUUGACCAUUGACCUCUUACGGAGGACGAUGAUGGAGGGCCGAGCUAUGCUUGACAAACCAAUUUUGCAUUACGGGCGUCAUGUGAUUAUGAGGCAUUUGUGGUUGACGUUGACGCACUUGCAGGUUAACAACACCGACCACAAACAACCUUCGAGUGCUUCGCAAGUUGCUAAGAAUUCGUAUUGUGAAAUCGGUAAGCUCAAGAUACUUUGGGACUUGGCUUGUUGGCCUUUGUGCGAAGAUGCUGGUUUAGUUCGCCAAGCAUUGGAAUACUUGAAGGGAACGUAUCGAGAUUUGUGCCGACCAAACGGGGUUUGGAGUGCAGAGCACGAAGAAGAUUUGUUUCAGAUGUUUUUGGCAAUUGAUUUAUCUCUUUUACCAAUCCAAGUCCUACACUCACCUUGGAUUCCAGCUCAAGUGCAGAGUGUGCGGCUUUUUGUGCAGCAGCAACCGGCAGAUCAAUUCCUGCAAGAACUGCAGCAAGAAGUUAGCAGAGCCAUGGAGCACCUCAAGAGUGUGAACUUCCAAUGUUCCAAGUUCACCAACAAACUCAACGCGGUGGAGCAUCGGACUUUGACCAAUAUCGGUCAAAUCAACGAUGCCAGUGCCGCGCUGGAAGAAUAUCAACGGAAGCGUGCUCGCAAAGAACCCAAGGAGCCUUGAACAACCAGGAAAAGAGAGAGCAAACAAUUGAGCAUCUCACUCUUGUGCUUAAGGGUUCGCAUGUUUGCCAGCCUCUCACCCAUUU